AUGACAUAUGAUUUCCACGUUAGUACAGAAAAUGUAACAGGCUAUAAUUCUCCACUAUUUACUAAAGACAAUUUAAAUAUUGAUUCGGCAGCUGAUUAUUGGGCUGCUGAAGGAAUGCCAAAAAAGAAAAUUGUAAUAGGCCUAGCAACUUAUGGUCAUGGAUGGACUUUAGCAAAUCCAAACGGGUCAAGAAAACCUGUAGGAAGUGCUGCUAUUGGCCCUUCAAACGCUACAACGUAUUUAAAAUCUGAAGGGAUUGGAGCAUAUUUUGAAUUUUGUGAAAUGUUAACUGAUCCAACAACUAAACGUGCUUUUGAUUUAAAUGCAAAAGUACCUUUUCUUAUUUAUCAAGAAAGUCAAUGGUUUAGUUAUGAUAAUAUUAAAAGUUUUAAAGCAAAGAUUGAUUGGAUUAAAGGAAAUGGUUAUGGAGGGACUUAUGUUUGGACUUUAGAUUAUGAUGAUUUUAAUGGGGAAUGCACAGAUAGUGUUGAUGGUAUUUAUCCUUUAAUUGGAACAAUUGCACGCAGAAUGGGAAAUGUUAAAGGACCACUAAUUCCAAUAUCUACGCAAAAGCCUUUAAUAUGA